AUGAGUAUUGUGUGCAAUCAUCUAAAGAAAACUGUCAUUGAAGAAAAAGGUUUUGAUGAAGAAUAUGCUCCCAGCAGCUGCCACUUGGAAUCGGAUUCAGAUAGUUCAUCUUACAGUGAUAACAUACCACUGCAAGACCUUACCAUAAAGAUAGAUCCAUCAGCAAUCUUUUCAAAUACAGAAAUCAUUCCUGCUGUAGGUGAGUGUAUAGAAGGUCAUAAUAUUGACGCUGUUGUUGAGGAGAUGCAGACAGUACAAGUUGCAGCAAAUGGCGAAAACUCAAAUGAUGAAAUAAUAGGAAAGAAAACAAAAAGAAGAAAUGGUUUUGAAAAACAACAAAAGGAUAGAGAAAAGCACCCACCCAUUGGAGGAUGUUUAUUGAAAUGUAAAAAUAAAGACUGUUCAGAAAUAACGGAAGAGGACAGAAAGAAAAUUUGGGAUAAAUUCUGGAGCCUUCAGUAUUCAGUUAGACGUCAGUGGUUGUGCCGACAUGUCCGAUUUUGUCAGGUUCAAAAAAGAACUGUUCAGCCUAAGAGUACCACAGUUUCCACAAAGCCUAGUGAAAAUUUAGAUGGCGAUACAUCCGAAGAAGAAACAGGACGCUCUUUUUUAAAAAACGAAUCAAGAGAGUACUUCUUACCUAAACCAUUCCUAGGAUACAAACAAACUAAAGUUUGUAAAAAAAUGUUUCUUGGUACUCUUGGAUAUUGA